AUGAAUGGCAAGUCGAACAAGGGAAUGGCAGAUAAUGUGAGGUCGAGGAAUAAGGCGCUUGCUAUGGUGGCGAAGGCGCAGGAGAAGUUGACGGAGGGGGAUUUGGAAGCUGCUUGGAAAGCGGGCAGGAAAGCACUGGGGCUAUUGCAAGACGGUGAAAAAGAGGGGCAAGUCGAGACGCUGCCUGCGCUUACGCUGUUGGCGGACAUUGCAGUCGAGAAAGGCGAUGUGGAGGAGGCUGCAAGUCUUUUUGAGCUGGCAGUUGAACUCGACCCAGAGGGUCUGAUACCAGAAUAUGCAGGCGGCGGAGCAGAAAAGUUCCUUUGGCUGGCUCAAUUGAGUGAAGAGGGCGGAGAGGAGAGUGUAGAGUGGUUUGAACGAGGCUGCGAGGUGCUUAGAAGACAGAUCGCGAUGCUGGAUGGGCAAGGUGGGAGCAUGGAGGAGAAACACACACCGCUGCAGGAGAAGAGACAAAAACUUGCACAGGCUCUGUGUGGUAUUGUGGAGAUUUACAUGACGGAUUUAUCCUAUGAAACUGGCGCUGAGGAGAAAUGUGAGAGAGCUAUUGCGGAGGCUAUGAUGGUCGCCCCUCCUGACUCGCCAGAAGUCCUGCAAACGCUUGCGAAUGUGAGGAUCUCGCAGGAUAGGAUCGAAGAGGCGAAGAAAGCGUUGAAAGCGAGUCUAGGCGUAUGGAAGGAGGACCCAGAAUUAGACGACCGAACACCGGACUUCCCUACGCGAAUCAGUCUUGCCAGAUUGCUCAUGGAAGUUGAGCUGUUGCAGGAGGCUUUGACUGUGGUGGACAGGCUGGUGCAAGAGGACGAUCAAAGCGUCGAGGCUUGGUAUUUGGGCGGAUGGUGCUUACACCUCCUCGGCAGUGAUGGGAAACAUGUUGAUCUCGACGGGAAGACAGCUAGAGGCCAUAUGAAUGGGAAUAGCAAGCCGCACAAGCCAAAUCAUGACGUCUUGUCAGCCAGUCGGAUUUGGUUGAAGCAAAGCCUUGAGCUUUAUGAUUCAUGCGACUAUGAAGACGAGAGACUGCAGGAGCACGCACAAGAGUUGGUGGAGCAAUUGGACUUUGUCCUUGGUGCUGAGGCAGGUAAUGACUCGGCAGACGAAGGGAUGGAAGUAGAAGAAGUGGAUGAAUGGGAGUGGAACAGUGAAGACGACAGGGCACAUCAGGCUUAUGAGGAGGUUGAGUAA